AUGGUCAUCAACAGCAUCAUGGGCAUCCUCCAGCAUCAUGGUCAUCCUCCAGCAUCUUGGUGUUACGAGCGUGCCAUCAGAGAAUGUGAGGUGCAGGCUGCCUGCCCCACUGAAGGUGAGUAUGAGUCAGCUAUCGAAGAAUGCGAGGUUCAAAUUGACUGCCUCACCAGAGCGACGCCUUUCCCCGCAGACGACGCGGCGUGCACUCGAACGUUUGCCGGCGGUAACAGCAGCAGUCAUUGGUGUCCGAGCUCGUGCACAGCGUAUGGGAACACCUCGUACUCCGCGGCGUACGGAGGGCGCUCCCCAGUAACAGGGACUCUGCUUUACGAUGAGAACUCGCCGGUGUGCCUGGCCGCCCUCCACGCCGGCGUCCUGCAGGCUGGGGAGGACAAAGAGGUCCUCUUCAGGUCCCUGGAGGUCACCGAGAGCUUCGUGGGAACAGUCCGCAAUCGCGUUAUUUCGCAAUCUAGGGAAGUAGAGCCUGGUCGACCUCAACGCGCCUUCGCCUUCUCAGGCGGUUCCUCCCACACACCCUCAGAAGCAAAGCUGGCAGGCGCGGCGGUUAUCAUGGUUUACAACGCCUAUAGAAAUAAUGUGUCAUGCAUCUCCUCAUCGAGUGACGCACGUUUGCCACAUCCGUAUUUCACUCGCUGGGACUACACGCCUGUCACGGCCAGUCCCCCAUCUGUUGUGAUUACGUCUGAGCCCAACUACCUGCAAGCGACCUUCGAAGACGUCCCUGACCCUCCAGUGCUGCGGUGCCUCAGCGACGAGCCCGAGCGUGACGUGACUGCCUCCAUCAGCAGAGGUGGGCAGUGA